GUUAAAUCGAACGAUAUUGUUUUGUUUAUGAAGGGCACACCAGAUGCACCCAUGUGUGGGUUCAGUCGUGCCAGUGUUCAGAUUUUACAAGUCCAGGGUGUUGAUUUCAACUCAAAAGUAUCAGCUUUCAACGUGUUGGAGGAUCCUGAAUUGAGAGAAUCUAUUAAAGAAUACUCUUCUUGGCCCACUAUUCCUCAAAUAUACGUCAAGGGUGAGUUCGUUGGCGGAUGCGACAUCUUAUUGAACAUGCACCAAUCUGGCGAUUUAGAAGAUAUGCUUGUAAAAGAGAAGAUUAUUCCCCCAAUCGAAGAAGAU